GCAACUUCACCUGCUACACACGGCGCCUCGAAGACUCUUUGUCACCGGACCGCCUGGUACAGGUAAAACUGUGGUGCUGCUGCUGAUGGGCAUAAAAUGGCUGCGAUGUGGUCACCCCGUCUACAUUGUGAGUACUUGGUGGAGGAGUCGUGCAGCGUGCAUCAUGCUGUAUCACCUGUUGCUGCAGACAGUAAAGACACAACAGUCAGCAGGUGUAACACCCGGUCAGCCUCACCUCCUGCAGUAUGAUCUUGAUGACGGUAAAGACAGGGAGAAGGUCGUCAACGACUUGUCACAGGCAGCAAGAGGAGGGUCGUUGUACGUCAUCGCUGAUGAAGUGAACGGGUUUAUCUUCAACAUUUUUUUUGACAAGCUGCUAACGCAAGUUCCUCAUCUCCAUCUUUGGGUGACAUGUUGUUACCAUAUAUUCGCACCCGCCAGCUUGCAAGUGGAAUGUUUAACCAGACCCCUCCGCUCUCCUCCGGCCGUCGUCAGGGAACUCGCGCAGAACAGGUUGAUCACUAAGGACCAUCGUGUUCUCCCGUACAGUGAGCGAGGUGUGCCCGACCACACAGACGGCCCGCCAGUCAGACGACUGUAUCACCGAGGUGAAGGUCACUCAGGUCACAUGCCAUUUGACUGUGUGACGUGUGGUCGUGACGUGGCCAGCUUCCUACACAGUCUCCGUGUUGGUGUUACAGAGAAUGUCACGACAGCAGUCACGACCGUCACCUCUACCACCGGCGCCACAACACCGCCCUGCCUACAGUGGAGAGACGUGCUGGUGUUGUACUAUAAUGAAAUUACUGACGACUCGGGUAUGGUGAAGGGACUUAAAGAAGCGGGUAUCCCAGUGCGGGUGAUGAAGGACGAUGAUUUCGAGGACGUGGCAACGGCCCGCAGUGACGUUGUGUGGGCGACGAGAGGUCAUCGUGUUAGUGGUCUGGAGAGAAAAGUCGUCGUGUAUCCGGAGAAGGAUUUUGCUCCUAUAGACCGGUUGAACUCCAUGUCUCGGUGUACGUCACAACUUGUGAUUGUCCACAAAUGAAGGAUAUUUGAUG